AUGUCAGCCUCGGCCUCAGCCUCAUCACCCCCAGCCUCCUCCCUACCCCCCUCCACCUCCCCAACCAUCACCCUCACCAACCCAACCCCCAAGGAACGCACCCGCACCUGGCUCUACAACCAGACAGAAUGGGGCAACAGCCUCACCGUCCCCGCCUAUCUCGAGCGCGAGGAAUACCUCCUCUCCAUCCCCCUCGCCCGCAACGGCGGCAUCACCAACUGGAUCCUCACAGACACCUCCUCCUCCUGCUCCCCCGUCAACAACAACAACGACGACGACGACGACGGCGAGCGUCCCGUCCUCGCCGCCUGCGAAACCCUGCGCAAACGCGCCCUUGUUAGGGACCCCGCUGAUGGUACGGUGCGCGACGUCUGGGCGUAUGGCGUCGCCAGCGUCUUCACCAACAAGGAGUUCCGCGGGAGGGGGUAUGCCGGCAAGAUGAUGGAGCUGCUGAGGGGCUACAUGGCCGGCCAGCACCGCGAGACGGGCGAGCCGGCGUUUUCCGUCCUCUUUUCGGACAUUGGCAAGCAGUUUUACGCAAAGCACGGCUGGAUCCCUCUCGAGAACACGCAGAUUGAGUACCGCGUCAGAGAAAACCCUCCGGAACCGGAGCCCUCAUCAAGCAGCAGCAGCAGCAGCAUUAUUACCCUUCUCGGUGACGAGCAUAUCCCGGAACUCGCAGAGAGGGAUGAGGAGCUUCUGCGCAAGGAAAUCGCCAAGCCUAACCCUGUGAACCCCUCAAAGGUCAGGGUCGCUGUCAUUCCCGACCUGGAUGCGUUGCAGUGGCAUUUCUAUCGCGAGGCCUUCAUCUGCAAUGCCGCGUUUGGCAGGAAACCCUCUGUCCACGGCGCCUUGUACACUUCCCCCUCGACGGGUUCUCGUGUAUGGGCGUGGUUCGAGAGGAAUCACUAUGGCGGCCCUGAAAAGCCAGAGAAGAACCUCUUGAGCUUCCUCCGCUUCGUCAUUGAAGACGAACACAUCUCGGAUGAAGAGCUGUCUGAGGCAGUCGUGGGCAUCUUCCGGGCUGCUGAGAAGGAGGCCAAGGACUGGAAAUGCUCAAAGGUCGAGAUCUGGAAUCCCAACCCCAGAGUCAGGAAGGCUGCCGAGGCCGCCACCGAGUUUCAGACUACCUUUGUCGUAAGACAAGACAAGAACUUGGCCAGUUUGAACUGGUUCGGCGAGGGGUCUGCGCAAGACUUGGACUGGGUUGCCAACGAGAGAUUCGAGUGGUGCUAG